AUGCUGAUUUUUGCACUAGCGGAGCGAUGGUCAGCACGGCAGUUUCUAUACCAUCAAUGGAUUGCAGCGGAUGCCGUUAAUGACGUGCAGCUUACUACGGCGCUACAAGAGCUGCGCAAGUUCAACGCGCGUCGUAAUUUCGGGCUGCGCCCACGCAGCAUUACGGAUAGUAAUGACGAGACUUUGGAGGAGACUCUAAGUGCACCUGCUGCCGUGAAUGUAUCCGAUAUACCACCGGCGCCCUCAGCUUCUUAG